AGUUGCUUCCAGUAAAUGAGCGCGUAUUUCACACCAUCUUUUUGGUUAUUAUUUUUUCAAUUCAGGAUUACACGGGAGCAUUCCAGUGAAGUCUUCCAAGAUGAACAUUGAAGGGAUCGGCAAUGGGCUAGAAACCGCGCAUCUGAGGUCGUACUCACGGAACGUGGCUCAGCAAGCAUUCGACCUGAAAAUGAAGAUGACUGCAUAUUGGAACAUUGUUCUGAUGAGGCUUGUGGACACGAUGGCGUCGCACAUCCAGUUCGCCAUCCACAAGCUGGUGACGAAUGAGAUGGAAGAGGAGAUCGUGGCGGGACUGGUGGAACCGAAAGGCGGGGGAGGCAUUGAGAGGAUGGUGCUGGAUGAGUGUCCGGAGGUGGCGGAGAAGCGCCACCAGUUAACUGUUGGGCUUUGUGGAGGCUUGUUUGUCGGCCCGGCCCAGUUGUGCGUAGCCCUAGUUUUUUCCCCUAUAUAUAGAGGGCUUGUACUUGUAAUCUGUACCACAAGUGAAAUAAGAAAAUCCUCCUGUUGCAGCCGUGGAUUAGGAAAACCGAACCACGUUAAAUUCUUGUGUGUCGUUUGUGUUCCGUUUCUCUCGUUUCUCGUAGAUUAUUUGUGUGUGUUGUGUGUUUAAUUCCCAACAAGUGGUAUCGGAGCGAGGUUAUUCAACAGGAGCACAAAUUGUGAGAAAAUUUGUCACCUAGGGUUUCCGGAUCUAGGUGUGCGACAGAUCUGAGAAGGAGUCGUUGUCGCCGUCAGCCGCGCAGGAGCAGCCGCUGAUCCAUCCCGGCGCCGCCGAAGAGGAGCUGCGUCGAAUCUCCGUUGUGAAGGAGAGUAGCGCCGCCUGUUCGUGAGGGGGGGGAGAGAGCUGCGCAGGUGUUCGCCAUCAGUCUGCGAACCGCCGCAGCAUCCCUUCGUAGUGCCACUGUCGACCUCUUAGAUCGCAAUCGUCCGCGACCGCGUGCAGACAAGCCGCUC